CUCACGUUUCAUAGUUUCAUCUUCUUAGCCUUCCUGGUAUUCAUAACUUGCGACGACUCGAAACUUCUUCGACUUUCUGCUCUUGAAAUUUUUUUCGUCCCAGCGACGGUAGAGUCCUGAACCUUCUUCUUCGACUCUCUCUCUCUCUCUCUCUCUCUCUCUGAAUUUUCCACUACAUAUCUUGAAAUCCCGCUGACACUCUGCUAUAUUUAUCUCUACUUUCGGCAAAGUUUACUCGUUAUUGGGGGGUUUUGAUCGGACAAUUUUUGGGGGUUCGAUCUCUGGUGGUAAUAACUCAUGCCAGAGAUCGAACGCUUGCCGGAGAACAAGAACGCUUUGUUUGGCAAAUAUGAACUCGGGAGGAUUUUGGGCUGUGGGGCCUUCGCGAAGGUCUAUUUUGCCCGUAAUGUCCAGAACGGCCAGAGCGUCGCCAUUAAGGUCAUCAACAAAAAGAAGAUAUGCGGCACCGGCCUCAUGUCUAACAUCAAGCGUGAAAUUACCAUUAUGAGUCGCCUCCAUCACCCCAACAUCGUGAGGCUCCACGAGGUCUUAGCCACCAAGACGAAGAUCUACUUCGUCAUGGAGUUCGUCAAGGGUGGCGAAUUGUUUGCCAAGAUUUCCAAGGGACGCUUCAGCGAGGAUCUGAGCCGGAAGUAUUUCCAACAGUUGAUAUCCGCCGUCGGGUACUGCCAUUCCCGCGGCGUGUUCCACCGUGACUUGAAGCCCGAGAAUCUCUUGCUCGACGAGAAUGGGAAUCUGAAGGUUUCGGACUUCGGACUCAGUGCCGUAAAAGAUCAGAACCGACACGAUGGUCUCCUUCAUACGCUCUGCGGCACGCCGGCUUACGUCGCACCGGAGAUUUUGGCCAAGCAAGGCUACGAUGGAGCGAAGGUGGAUGUGUGGUCCUGUGGCGUCAUCCUCUUCGUGCUGACAGCUGGAUACCUACCGUUCAACGACCCGAACCUCAUUGCCAUGUACAAGAAGAUCUACAAAGGCGAAUAUCGGUGCCCCCGAUGGAUGUCGCCCGACCUCCGGCGUUUUCUGUCGCGGCUCCUGGACACCAACCCGGAGACCCGAAUCACCAUCGACGAGAUCCUCCGGGACCCGUGGUUCAGGAAAGGGUACAAGGAGGUUAAAUUUCAUGAGGAACACUUCGGGUCUUCCUCAUGGAUGAAGUUCGAUGAGGCGGAGAAGAUGACUAAUCUGAGCGCAUUUGAUAUCAUCUCGUUCUCCUCCGGGUUGAACCUGUCCGGUUUGUUUGAUGAUCCGGACAGCACAGCGGAGGAAAGCGACCGUUUCGUGUUGGCAGCGCCACCGGACAAGCUUAUGGAGAGAGUGGAGGAGAUCGCCAAGGUGGAGAAACUCGUCGUGAAGAGGAAGAAGGAAUGUGGGGUGGAACUGGAGGGGCAGGAAGAUAAUUUCGGCAUUACAGUUGUUGUUUACCGGUUCACGGAAAGCCUGGUAUUAGUGGAGGCCCAAUGGCGAGGCAGGGACGGUGUCAACUUGUGGAAGAACAGGCUUAAGCCUCAGCUCUGUGCUGCCACCAGUCAAGAAACAGAUUCCCAGGUUGCCUGUGACUAAAAUCUCUGCCACUUCUCUUUUCCUCUCCUCUGAGCAAUUUAAAUUUAUAGUAGAAACAUUGUGGAGAUAAAAUAAUAAUUUAGGAUGGCGGUACAACCAUGGACAUACCAGUUGGUGGGUAUUUGUGAAACAUGGAUCGUGGUUAAUGAAUAAUUGAAUAUUAAGAGUGAUCAUAUAUUGUAGGCAUCCGAAUGGUUCCAUUUUGUAUAUUGUUGCUAUAUGUUGUGAAAUAGUAUGUGUGGUUUAUUGAAUAUUGCUAUGAUGUGGGGGAGGACUGGGGAAUGGUCCUCGUAAACCCACUGAGACUAUGAAUGAAUUUCAGUGUGUUUUAUUACCA